CAAGGACUGUCGUCACCGCCAUUGGGAGACAGAGCGGGCGCUAGAAGGCGAGUCGCCAGACGACCUGGACCGCCCCGCGGACGACGGAGCUGCGGACCUGGAGCAGGGAGUGCGGUGCCCUUGCUCGGACUCGGCCAGGCACCUGGGCUGGGCCAGCUUCCAAAGCCUCAGCCGGCACCUGGGCGCCCACCUUGCAGGCGGCCCACCAGGAGCUCAAGGCGUGGGGGCGCGCCCUUCCCUGGCCGACAUCCACGAGGUGGAAAUCGCCGCGUUGAAGUACGUGCCCAAGCGGGCCCGGGCGGCUUGGCCCCGCACGUUCGCCCGUUGCCUCGCGAACGCUGCGACGCAGAACUCGGUGGCAGCCUGGGCGGACCUCCAGCUGGUGGCAAGGGCCGUGCUCUGCUUGCCGCCCCGUGCCGGCCGCGAGGACAAAGCUGCGCUGGCCGCCUUCGCACUCGACCGCCUCGCGCGCUGGGGCGCCGGGGAGCGCUUGACGCUCUGGCAGGAGGCGCGCGCGCGCAACGCAGGGCAGCGGCGCCGGCGGCAGGAGGCGCCGACGACUGAGCAGAGGGCAGCUCGCGCGACCGCUUGCGCUGCGGAGGACUUCUGGGGCAAGGGCUGCGCUGCUCUGACCUCUGGGGGCCUCGCCGAGCCUACGCAGGAGACAGCUCGUGCGCUGGAGCGCUUGCACCCUCCUGCGGCUGCCCUCCCGCUGGGGCACUUGGACCAACUCCUGGCCGCGCCCGAGCUCACGCCGAACUCGACGCUGCGGGCGCCGCGAGCCUUCCCGAAAGGGACGGCCCCUGGCCCCUCCGGCCUCCGAGCACAGCACCUGCUUGACGCCGUGACCCCAGCCGCCCGGGCGACGGUCACGGAGCCGCUCGCCGCGGCGUGCCAGACCCUCGCCAACGGAGAGGCCCCGCGGGAGCUGGCGCCGCACCUGGCAGGUGCGACGCUGGUGGCGUUGGAAAAUGACGACGGGGGACUUCGUCCGAUCGCGGUCGGCGAGGUCCUGCGCCGCUUGACCAGCAAGGUGCUCUGCGACCACGUCAAGGGUCGUGCGCGCCAGAUGCUCUGGCCGCUGCAGACAGGCUGCUGCAGCCCCCUGGGGGCUGAAGCCACGGUUCACGCCGUGCGCCAGUGGUGCGAGCGAAAUGCAGACGAGGACGGCAAGGUGCUGCUCAAGCUCGACUUUGCAAACGCUUUCAACUCGCUGCACCGUGACCCCGCGUUGCGCGCUGUCCGUGCCCGCUUCCCGGAGCUGGAGCGCUGGGCGCGCUGGGCUUACGCGGAGCCCUCCAAUCUGUGUUUUGGCAGCCAUGUGAUGUCUUCGCAGGCAGGCGUACAACAGGGGGACCCGCUAGGACCCUUGAUCUUCGCCCUCGCCGUGCACGCGGUGUUGGAGGAGCUUGCGGGCGCUGCAGACCUGGACCUACGCGCCUUCUACCUGGGCGACGGCUUCCUGGCGGGCUCGAGGGAGGCUGUGGCGCGAGCACUAGCGACUCUGCAGCGCCGCUGCCCUGACUUUGGCCUCCUGCUCCACCUCGGCAAGCGCGAGCUCGUAGUCCCCUGCGGACGCAGGCCGGGCGGCCUGGCAGACCUCUUCCCUGCGCCUCUCCUGGCGGACGCAGAGACGGGGGUCGACCGCGUUGUCCUCAGAGGCGGCUUCAAGCUCUUGGGAGCGCCUAUUGGGGCGAAGGGCUACUGCGAGGCGUUCGCCCAGCGCCGCGCCGACAAGACGAAGCCCGCUCUGGAGGCGCUCGCCAACCUGCACCCCCAGGUGGGCCUCGCGCUCCUGCGCUACUGCGCGAGCUACGCGAAACUCGUGUGCAGCGCCCGCACGGCGCCGUCUGCCCUGCUCUCGGAAGCGUUGCGCUGCUUCGACGACGGCCAGCGGCGCGCGCUGUCGAACCUGCUGGCGGCGGACCUGACGGACGCGCAGUGGCGCCAGGCAGCCAGAGGGCUCGCCCACGCGGGGCUCGGUCUGCGGGAGCUGACAGCACACGCGCCCGGCGCUUACUUGGCCAGCCUCGCAGCCACGCGGCACCUGUGCUGCGACCUUGACCCGGCCUACGCGUGGGCACCGGACAGCGCGGCUACGCUGGAGGGGCAGGCGCUCCUGGCGUACAACGCCCUGCUGGCGCCGGAAUUCGCGUGCGAGGUCAAGCGCGAGGGGCUGGGGGCGGGCGCGGCACGCCUGUUCCAGCGCCUGUCCGUGGCGAUCCGCCGGGCGACGGCGCGAGCAGUCCUGAGGAGGCACGCGGAGCCCCCCUCGGCUGGAGGAGCUGUGGCUGCCGCGCCAAGCUGGCUGGCGGAGCUGGUGGAGGACGACGCUUAG